UACCUCUUGCAGAGUGUAUAGAGCGGGUUCGGAGAGAGGGGACAGGAGGAAAACAGGGAUCGAGGUUGGGAGGAUUGUGAACGGGUGUGAGAUAGGGUGCAUGAGCGGGAGCAGGUGUGUAACAGAGACCAGAGGGAGAGGGAGAGCUUAGAGCAGAUACAUCCUCCAUCUGCGUCUAGAGGUCGCCGAUUCGAUGGCAGGUGCCGGCCUUAACAUCGACGCUGCCAAGCAUGCAAUCCAACAGAAUGGAAUUUCGACCUCGGCAGCUGCUUCCGAGUUUGGUCCUGUUACGGCUGUUAAUGCCACCAUCGAUCACUUUGCAGGACAUGCCGACCUGUACGAUUCUGUAGGAGCUCUCGUCUCAAAACUGAAUAUGUUCGUUCGCGCCAUGGACACGUUAUCGCGAAUCCACCCGUAUGUCAACUUCGCCUGGCAGCUGGCCUCUGCACUGUACAGUACAAGACCGUCAAGCAGCAGUUUGAAGUUGAAAAGAAGUCAUUGAGCUUGUACACGCCAUGAGGGAUGCGUUUGAUUUCGUAGAACAAGCUAGUUCACUCCGAGAAAAAACGAAAAGGCUCAAGACUACGAUACUUCAACUCUUGAAGCAAACCAAUGAGUGCUCUCUGUUUAUUCAAGAAUAUGCAUGCCACAAGUUUGCAAGACGAAUGUCCAUGCUAAACAUUGAUACAAUCGUCAAUGGAUACAUAAAGGCCCUGGAGGCACUCAGGACAUCAAUUAAACAACCCUGCAUAUUGCGUUUGUCUCAUCACGGAUCACUUCCAAAGUUGAUGCACUGUUUCUGAAAAGCCGACUCAAUCCGGACGAGGUGAGUACAUUUGAUCGACCGCAAUGCCUUCCCGGAACGUGCGAAAUUAUUCUUGACGAGAUUGUGGGGUGGGUAGCAUCGGGAUCGGAUCAAAAUGUGUUUUGGUUGUACGUUGUUGCAGGAUCUGGCAAAGGCACAGUGAGCACGAUGAUUCCGUGUCACAUCCCGUCUUGGUGCCCAUCUUUUCUUUCAACGAGGAAAGAGUGAGCCUGGCUCUGUCAUUCGCAUGCUUGCUUACAAGCUCGCCUCAUUUGACUCCUCGAUUGCUGACCAUGUGAUUGGAUCCAUCGAGCAGGAUAGCGAUAUCGCUCAGGCUUCGGGGACUGUCCAAUUUGAGAGUCUUAUCAAUGACCCACUUGUUCAGAGGCCAUGCAGGGACCAGUCGUCAUUUCCUCGACACACUAGAUGAAUGCGGGACAGAGAAGAGUCGACAAGGCUUAUUGGAACUCUUCCGAGAAGGACUACCCGUUCUUCCGAAGAAUUUCCGAUUUCUCAUUACGAGUAGAAAGGAGCUGGACAUCGAUCGAGCACUUAAUUUCCAGCCCGGAUGCAUCCACGCCGUUGAGCUGUGACAAGAUUCGACAACAUGCAAGGACGAGAUGUGUAAGGUAUUCGCAAAGAAUCUGCUGGAGAUCACGGAUGAUUGGGAAUGGAAAAUGGAUUGUCUUGGAGAUGCGACUGGUGGACUGUUCAUAUAGGCUUCGACUGCAGUGAAAUUGGUAGAUUGCGACGACCCGUCCGGAAAACUGCAUGAACUGACAGCAAAGUCGAAGAGUUUAUCUGGGCUUAACCAACUGUACGACUCCGUCCUGAGAGGGUCCAGUAUCUCGUUCGACGAGGUAGCAUCCAAGGCCCGAUUUUCGCAGAUUCUUAGCUUCAUCCUCCUUGGCAAGGCACCAUUGUCGGAUUAUACAAUUGACGCGCUUCUCGGGUAUCCGGAUGACAAACCAUCACGCCUUAUUCUUUCUCGCCUACAGUCCGUGCUUGUAUACAUCCCUGGAGCUCCUAUCCGUUUCUGCCAUACUUCCUUCCGCGACUACUUAUUAGUGCGCGAGAGCGAAUUUGACCCUUGGCACAUCGACAUCGAGUCUCAAAAGGAGUACGUUGCCUCGCGAUGCUUCGAUGUCAUGAGAGGUAUGCUGCGGUUUAACAUGUGUAGCAUAGAGACAUCAUAUACCCCUAACGAUCAAAUCCCUGACCUUCCGGAUCGUAUCAAGGCGAACAUUCCUCUUCACUUGGAUUACGCAUGUCUCUUUUGGAGUCAACACUUACACGGGACUCCGUUCUCACACGUGUUGCCAGAUAAGCUAUCAGAGUUCCUUAAUGAACGUUUGCUCUACUGGCUCGAGGUGACGAGUCUCUUGGGAAAGGUCAACAUUGUCAGUCAGACAUUUCUUCAUGCCAUGAAUUGGGUCUCGUCCCACAAUGCGAAGGUUCUAUCAUUUCUUAGAGACGCACGUAGAAUGGUUACUCGGUUUUCACUACCUAUUUCACAGUCCACGCCUCAUAUCUAUGUAUCUGCGCUUCGGUUUGCAUCGACGGAGUCGAAGUUUAUAGCACAUUACUUGAAGCCUGAUCUACCUAUGGUCCAAGUAGAGCAGAUGGGCGUAAGGCAACAGUCGCCAUUCUUGAAGGAGCUCACAGGGCAUGAGGAAGCUGUCGUCUCUGUUAUAUUCUCACCCGACAGUAGUCGUGUUGCCUCCAGUUCCAAUGAUGGAACGAUCCGAGUUUGGGACGCUGAAGUGGGAGCCGAGUCAUUUUCAGUCCAUUUGAAGUGCAUGAAAAGCAAGUAGCUGUUGCUUUCUCGCCAGACGGCACUCGCGUCGUUUCCGGCUCCAUUGACAAGACAAUUCGAAUUUGGGAAGCGUGUCGUCUCUGGAGCAGCUGACAAGGCUGUUAUAGUCUGGCAUGUUGAGAGCGGACAGGCCGUCAAGCGUUUCAAGGGGCAUGAAGGCGCUGUGCUUUCUAUUGCACUCUCUUCCGACGGAAAGGGUAUUGUCUCUGGUUCGACGGACAAGACAAUUCGAAUCUGGGACUUCAAGAGUGGACAGACCAUUUGUGGUCCUCUUGAAGGUCACGCAGACAGCGUCCAGUCAGUCGCUUUCUCGCGUGACGGUACACGCAUCGCCUCAGGCUCUGAGGACGGCAGGAUCCGAAUCUGGCACACUCAGAGCGGGGAAUGUAUCUCUAAGCCCUUUGAAGAACAUACACGUGGAAUAACUUCCGUCGCUUUCUCACCCGAUGGCAAAAGCAUUGUCUCCGGAUUGUACUAUGGUAGAGUUCGAAUCUGGGAUGUCGAGAGUGGGCAGCUCGUUUCCCAUCCUUUUGAAGGGCACACUGCAGUCGUACUGUGUGUUGGAUUCUCUCCUGACGGGACCCGCGUUGUAUCUGGCUCCAGCGAUUAUACGAUCCGAAUCUGGGAUGCCGAAAGUGUACAAACCGCUUCUGGGGAUUUUGAAGGGCACACUACUGGAGUAACUUGUGUUGCUUUCGCUCCUAGUGGCAAACGCGUUGUGUCGGAUUCAUUUGAUGACACGAUUUGAAUAUGGGACGCUGAAAGUGGACGCAUGGUCUCAGAGCCUUUUAAAGGACACUCAGACUAUGUCUACUCCGUCGCCUUCUCGCCGGAUGGAAAACGUGUUGCUUCUGACUCCUUGGAUCAGACUAUCCUUGUGUGGGAUAUCAAAAGUGGAAAUGUAGUUUACGGUCCUUUCGAAGGACAUACAUUAUAUGUCUGGUCUGUCUGCUUCUCGCCAGAUGGGUCCCGUGUUGUGUCAGGCUGCGGUGACAAAACACUCCGAAUCUGGGAUGUCGAGAGCGGAAAGACGAUUUCGGGUCCUUUCAAAGCUCAUAAAGGCCAGGUCGUCUCCGUUGCCGUCUCUCCUGAUGGGAGAAGCGUGGUCUCUGGCUCUGAUGACAAUACAAUCAUAGUCUGGGACGUCGAAAGUGGCGAAAUCAUUUCCGGGCCCUUGAAAGGACGCAAAGAGUGCGUUUGGUCAGCGGCCUUCUCACCCAACGGUACACGUGUCGCUUCUGGUUCUGAUUUCGGAGCCAUCUUGAUCUGGAACAUCAAGCAUGGACGGGUCGUGGUUGGGCCUUUUGAAAGGCAUACAGGUCGGAUUUGGUCAGUUGCCUUCUCUCCUGACGGAGCACGCGUCGUUUCGGGUUCCGCUGACAGGACUGUCCGAGUAUGGGACUCGGAGAGUGGACAAGCUAUAUUUGCGCCUUUUGAAUAUGUCAACUGUUAGUUCCGCUGCAUUCUCGCCUGAUGGUAACCGCGUCGUCUCUGGCUCCUGGGAUUGUACGAUCAGAAUGUGGAAUGUAGAAGAUCCCAUCUUUGACUGGACAAUGGACAAAGAUGGAUGGAUACAUAGACACAAUGGAGAGUUACUUGUAUUGGUUCCGCCGGACCUAUGGACCACACUCUGGAGACCUCAAAAUUCUGCAUUGUUCAGUUGUGCAUUCUUAACAAAAUUGGACUUUGCGAAUGCCGCUCUUGGCGAACGGUGGCAGGAAUGCUUUGUACCACCUCAGUGAUACCACCAUUAAUUCCUCGGUCAGAGUGGCUUGUCAUCACUAGUCUCACUCACCAGAAUCUUGCUCGCUGUUUGUUUUAAAUUGUAAUAAGUGUUGCAAUUGCAGUAUAAUACACUUAAAUUAAUAACAAUCUAAUUUCA